CUGGAAGCUUAGCUUAAAGGUUUACAAUUCACACCGACAGGCUUUGAACACAACCCAGGCUGGCAGAUUCGAUGAUGAUAUGGCAGACAAAAUCAUAUUGUUUUCCUCCCAGGAACCACGCAUGUUGAAUGAAAAAAAAAUUACAACAUGCUGUACGAGCGCUAGGAGUAAUCAGGCAGGCAUAGCGACAUUUUCACUCCCCACUGGCAGGCAUGCAUGUCAUCCGGUCGAUCGGUCUCCCAAUUACAGCUUAUCUGCAGUGUACACAGACUCUCAUGGGCUUCGCAUACCGUUUACGCACCGUUCUGCCGCAAGUCAAUCAGAUGCAUUCCGGCGCAUAGCCUCGAGGAUUCGAAUUUUAUUCAUUUUUGGUCUGUGGGAUUUCAUAUUGCUACCUGGUACCAGUAACGUAUAAAGAGGUACGCCAUUGUCAGCUGCUAAAUUUUUGUCAACGGCGCCUCGACUGCCGUUCCAUCUAUUUACGAUGAUCGAAAUCCAGGAUGUAGCUGCCCGAAAACGAAAAGAGCGCGAGGCAAAGCUAUCCGCAUAUCGCAAAGGGCGCAUUUAUGUUCCAAGGGAUGCCAUCGAUCUUUCGCAGUACCCGCUCAGCAAGCUCACAGAGACGGAGCGUAUCAUCGUCCAUUGUGAUGCGACAGCGAUCGUAGAUUUGAUCCGCAAACGAGUCUAUACUGCGCAGGAAGUUCUGCGGGCCUUCGUCAAAGUAGCGGUGGCUGCCCAAGAUGUCACCAACUGUCUUUCAGAAGUUUUGCUUGAUGAAGCAUUCCACCAAGCCAGCAAGCUUGACCAAUAUCUGGAAAACACUGGAAAUGUCAUAGGACCACUGCACGGUUUACCAGUAUCCAUCAAAGAUCACAUCAAAAUAAAAGGUCUGGACACUUCGUCAGGAUAUCUCGGCUGGGCAUAUAAAACUGUUGCGGAUAGCGACGCACUGCUGGUAGAAAUUCUACGCAACGCCGGUGCGAUUCUAUACGUCAAAACACAGACUCCACAAACUUUGCUUUCACUUGAGACAGACAACAACGUGUUCGGCAAGACUAUUAACCCGUUUAAUCGCAAUUUAACCCCAGGAGGAAGCAGUGGCGGCGAAGGGGCGCUAAUAGCAUGUCAUGGUAGCCCUAUGGGCGUUGGAACCGAUAUCGGCGGGAGCAUUCGGAUCCCUGCAGCCCAUUGUGGUUUGUAUGGCCUGAAAGGAUCAGUGGCACGUCUGCCACAUUCUGGUCUCUUGGGCUCUCAUGACGGGAUGGAUGCAAUCGUGGGUUGUGUCGGACCGUUGACAAGGUCUGCAAGGGACCUCGAGUUAUUCUGUCGAGUAAUGCUCGAUGCAGAGCCGUGGCUCAGUGAACCUGCACUCCUAGAAAUGCCAUGGAAAAGAGGUGUGGCAAACGGGGAAGGUUUACCGGACAAACUUGCAAUUGCUAUCCUUUUUGAUGAUGGCGUUGUUACACCGCAUCCUCCAAUUACGCAGGCCCUGAACAAAUACAAACACGCCUUAGCACGUGCUGGUCACGACGUGAUCGAAUGGCAAGCGGUGGAUCAUCAGAACGGGUGGGACCUCAUUGCGAAGCUGUAUUUACUGGAUGGCGGAGCGGAGUACUACGAAACCAUUAGAGCAGGUGGAGAGUCCGAGGUACCUCAAACCGAAUGGAUCCUCAAACACGCACAGGGACGAGAUCCGUAUACCCCUGCGGAUAUAUUCAAGCUCAACUUGGAACGGGAAGCGUUCCGUUCGAAAGCAUUGGCACACUGGAAUGCUACGCAACAACGUACUGUUAGUGGACGUCCUGUGGACGCCAUUCUCUGUCCGGUUGCGCCUACAUUGGCUCCGCCACAUAACACGACCAGUUGGUGGGGUUAUACCUCUCAUUGGAAUCUGUUAGACUUGCCAGGCGCUGUCUUUCCCGUUGAUCGGUUCACUGCCACAGCAUCUGCCACCUACCCACCUCUUCCGCAUUCAAGGAAUGAUCUUGAAAAUUUUAUUCAUAGUCAAUGGAACCCAACUACAUAUGAUAAUACUCCCAUAUGUCUACAGCUCGUGGGUCGGAGGCACAACGAGGAAAAGUUGUUGGCUAUGCUAAACGUUUUGGAAAAGGUGUUUAAAGAGAAUGCCUUGUAAACAGAGAGGUGUUCGAAUAUUCGUAUAAGUAGUAUCUAGUGUUACAUAACAUCUCCGUAGAAUGCAAAUACACUCCAUAUACGAUGGA